GUUGUUGAUUUUGUUCUCAUCCCUCUUGCUCUAAUCUAAUCAGUCACUCCAUUGAACCAAAGGAAGCGGAAGCGCUUCACAGCAUCAGCACAUCAGGGGAUCCAUGUUACUUGCAGCAAGUUUGCACUCGGGGAUCUCUCAUCAGCUUCCAAAGUCUCAAUCAACAAAGUCGUCCGUAAAGGAAAAGGACAGUUCAUCCGCCCAUAUGCAGGACGCGCCCUCACAAGGCCUAACGAAUGGCCACAAACAUCAACAACCCUCUACUUCCAGUAAAAGACAUCAAUACCAGUCGCUUGCAGAUGAGAUGAGAGAUGUUCAGUUUAAGCAUGAUCAUGAGCAAAUAUCUCCGGUGUUGUCAAAGACAAAGUUCAGGACAGCAAAGGCGCAUAGCUCAUCACACCUUGAAAUCAAAAAAUUACAAAAGAUACCCCGGAAAGAGUUGUCGGAUCCUCAUGGAACUGCAGGGGGAUUCGAACCUAUAUAUCCCUAUCCAGAAAACAAAGAUAUCAUUGUCUGGAGGACAAAAGACCCCAAAACCGCCAUGACCACCACCAUUUCAACACUUGAUACACGUCCUAACUCUGAUUCCAGAUCUCGCAUGUCACAAACUCGACGGAUGAUGGAUGAAAAGAUGGAACAGCGUCGAAGGGACGUCCUACGGGAUCUCUCUGGUCAGUUGGCAAAACAGGAAUCGUCACAACCAGAAUUGCUCAAGAAAUCAAGUAAUAGUAGCAUCCGUAGCUCAAAGGAGAAAGCAGCUGACACAUCAAUAUUAUCAGACCUAAGAAGGUCGCCUGAGAAUAACUCAAGACAUCAUCCAUCCAGAAAGUCAUCCUCAUCUGCCAGUCCGCCUACACAACACAAUCAAGCUCCACCAUCACCUCCGCUAAAAUCAUCCUUAAAAAGAAGUAGUCGUAGUAGUUAUAGCAUGGAUAGCUUUGACAAACGACUCUCAGCUGGUAAGACGCACUUACAACGGAUUUUAUCCUUGCCUGGCUUUGAACCCAAUCCAAGGGGGAUUGCACCGACGCCAUCACCAGAUGUGUCACUUGAGUUGACCCUCAGUCAGUCUGACACAAGGAGAAAGAAGCAUUCAAUGCAGAUUCGUGAGCGUAUGAAGCAAUAUGAGAUGCAGCUGGAUCAACGAAUCCAAGCAGUACAAACCAACAACCGACGGCUCAUGGAAUUGAAAUCGCUCCUUGAGCAUCAAAGUCAAGCAGUGGUACUUCACAACCCUGGCCGAGACGACAACAACAGCAAUGACGAUGACGAUGAUGAUGACAUAGAAUGGGUAGAAGAUCAACUGGAUCAGGGGCUGAGAGCUCAGUGGGAAGAAGCUCAGAUAUUGCUUGAGGAGAGUCAGAUAUUGCAGCAACACAUGAGGGAAGACCUGGAGCGAGAACGUGAAGCCAACAAACAGUUAGAGUCUCGUAUGCAGGGGAUGUCGAAUCAGCUAAAAGAGUUGGUUGAGUUGAGUGAAAAUCAGAAUGUGGAAUUGAAUCAAGUUCGUGAGCUUGCUACCAAAGAACGUGAGCAACUGGAGAAGCAGCUAUCUGAAGAGCGAGGAAAGCAAGAGCAACUACAGUUGGCUCUCGCAAAGGAGAAAGAAGCACUGGAAGGAGCGACCAGGCGAAAAUCAUCUGAUCAGGCUGAAUUUCGAAAACUUCAAUUGGAUAUCACAUCUCUCAAGCAACAACUCGAAGCCAAGGAGGACGAGCUUCAACGUCAUAAGGACGAUACCGAACUUCUUGCUAUCAAGCACUCGGAGCGUUUAAAAGAAUUUGAAGAUCAUAUCCAAAGCCUGGAAAAGCGGCUAGAGACUGAGAAAGACCGUUUUUCACAGGAUCAGGAGGCACGGACGCGAGUGAGAUGGCGGGUCAAUGAGCUGGCGCAAUCUGUAGAACAAAAAGAAGAUGAGAUGAAUGAGCUUCGAAGCAUGUUGGAGGAACGCGACGAGCUAUUGGAGGCUCGACAGCAUGAACUGGAGGAGGCGCUCGCGCUGGUUCAUUCACUUGAAGGCCGAUUACGGGAGGAACAAGUAGAGGCAGAAGAGAGUCAACAGCAAGAACAAGAGCAACAUCUCAAGGAGAUUCGACAACAUAGGACUGAAUUACGGGAUAUCAGGCUCAAGUUGGCAGGAGAGAGGGAAUCGAGCCGUCAGCUUGAAAACCGGAUCAAGCUUUUGUUAGAAUCCCAUCAAGAGACAAGCCAGUUAAACGAGUCCAAGAUUCAGCAGCUUGAGGAAGAGUUGGAGAAGCGAACACUGCAGCUUUCUCAAUCUAGCUCCUCAUCCUCAUCUGCCACCAACACGAUCCAUAAACUACAGCUUCAAAUCGACGACCAAGAACGUGCCCUGAUGGAGAAAGAAGAUCGGAUACAGGAACUAGAGCAGGAGCUCAAAUCGGCUCAGCAGCAGGCCCAGAAUGUAGUAGCAGAUCUGGAGCUGGACUUACUCGAACUAGAGAACGAACGAUCCCGUCUAGACAGUUUACUGCAGAAGGCACAACAACAAUCAAAGGAGGAUCAAAUGAAGGUUGCGGACUUGGAGGUCCAGUUGGAUCACAAGAAUCAGGAGUUGAAUCUUGAGCUGGAUCAGAGGCAGGGACAGGAAAAGAUGCUGUUGGAAAAGUUAAUGGAAGAGAUCGAAUCUGAAGAGACGGAGGAUCUUGUCAAUGAUCAACUCCGUGAGAGUGAUUAUGGACCAGAUGAUGGAUCCAUUGAAUACAUCUAUUCAAGGCUGCAGGAAAAGAUCCGAGAACUCAAACUAGAACGCUUCUACCAGGACAAAUCCCUGGUUGGCAUGCGUGUCAAGUUGGGCCAGUUUGAUGGUGAGAUUGAGGCACAGCAGGCUCAGUUAACACAGGCGGAAAAUGAUCGCAAAGGCCUUGAGGAGCAGUUAAGGCAUCUCCAGGACCAACUAGCUCAAGCAGUCGAUGAGCAGCAGCAACUUCGACAACAACUCGAGAAUAAAGAGUCACAAUUGAAAGAGAAUAUCAAGGAGGACAAGUCCAUAUCGAAUGGCUCAAUGUCCCGGAGCAAUUCGCAAAAUGGACAACUAUCAAUGUCUACAUCUAGUCGGAGACAUGCAGACCAGCGCGAUAAGGAAAAGAUCAAGAGACUUUCGACGCAGGUUGAGGGACUUGAGGCUCAGAUUGCUACGUUGGAGCAAGAAAAGCAACAGCUAAGUGAACAGUUGAUAUCCACACAGGAACAGCUACAGGCCAUGGAUGAGACGAUCCAAGACCAAGGCGAAGCAGCCAAGUCGAUCCGAGCAAAGUACACCGAGAGAAUUGUAGCGUUGCAGCGUGAACUUGUCAAGCACCGCAAGAUGGUGGUGAAGCAGGAGGGUCAGAUGUUUCUAUACCUGUCUGUUAUCGAGAAACUAAAGUUACAGUUGCGAGGAACUAAAGUCGAGCAAUGAGCAUAGAUCAUCUACCUACCUAUCCACCUAUCUAUCUAUCUACCUAUCCACCUAUCUAUCUAUCUACCUAUCUACCUGACCUUCCAACACUUUGUACUAUUAAUACCCGCUUUUGAAAACGCCCUGUUUGUCAAUAAGCCAACUAGCCAAAUAUCCAAAUACCAGACAAUUGAGAGUGACACAAAGAC